UGGCCAGACCACGCCACUAUAAAAGGGAAGAUUGGUCUGGCACCGAGCUAGCGUCUGCCACUACCAAACAUUUCUGUGGACUUUCGAAUUCUCUCAUCGGAUCUGUGUGCUUGCUGCCAGUGCUGGCGUGUCGUGCUGGACUUUGUGUUUUCUGCCCCAGUGAGAGCUGCAACUAUUUCCUACUGGACUACCACCAUGUACAUGACCCCACCCCGGGGCGACACGAUCACGUCUUGGGACUGACACUGUUGGCUGACGUCACCAGGUUGUGACUGCCAUGUGACACUCGUCACUCCGUGACCACGUGACACUGACACCUGUAUAUACUAUGUAAAUAAUUAACCGACCAGGCCUAAUCCGUGCAAUAUUUUGUAACAUAGUUUUUUUUUGUGUGUAUGUGUGCCUUACAUUCUCAUGCCCGUGCCUUGAAUUCAUGCUAAUUAAUUGUCGUGGAAACUCUUAAGUUUAGCUCAUUAAUUGAAAUAAAAUUAAAUUAACUAAUUGAAAUAAAUUUAGCUCACUAAUUGAAAUACUUAACUCACUAAUUGAAAAACGUUUAAGUCACUAAUUGAAAUACUUAAGUUAACUCAAAUUGAAAUCAAAUUUAGUUCACUUAUUGAAAUAAGUUAGUUCACUAAUUAAAAUAAUUAAGUUUAUCUCUCUAAUUGAAAGCUUUAGCACCGUGCUACCAACCAGAGCUAGUCUAGCACCUGUACAUACCUUGACCACCAAGCUGCUGCCAUUCCCGCUGCCUUAGAUGACCACGCCCAGCCAUAUCCGGUCACCGACGGACUUCGCUAGGCUGGUUUAGAUCCCAAGUGCUAUCUUCUUCUUUACAAUUUUACAUUCGUUUCUUUUACAAGUGCAAUAUUUUACAUAUUUUCCAUUUUUUUAAUGUGCGUAUUGUUUGAAAUCAACUAUUGAGCCACAAUUUUCAACCAAAUGAACUCGUGCCUUUAACCAAUUUUAUACCGUCAUCUGUGCAAUAGCCCAAUCCUUUGGUUCGACAUUUUGUCUGUCGUAAAAUUUCAUUUUUAUGAGACGCAUUCUUAUUUCAUUUGCGUAAAACGCGACCCGAUUUUUACAAGUGAUAUAUUUUUAUUUCGUUGUGUGUCGUGUGUCCAACUUUUUAAAAUUUCGACUCUACCCUGGUCACGUGGGAAGAAGCGGAGUGGCGAGAGUGUCAUCAUGCCACGUCACUUCCUGGUCAAACGUCACAAGCACUGUCCGGCCUUCUCCUACCGUGAUCCGGCGCUGGACGGGCCGGACGCCGACACGGAGAAACACCUGCGGGACGGGGAGGGGGAGUACGUGGCCUACGGGUCGCCUGACUCCGGGUACGCCGCCAGCCCCAACUCUCUGGGUCGGGAGAAGGAAAACAUGGCGGCCAACGAGAGCAACAACAACAGGAACAAAGUCAACAACAACAGCCUCAUGCACCACCACGCCAGCACCAUCAGCUACAUCAGCAACCGCCAGUUUCGCGUGGACAACAACAACCAUACCACUGGUAGUGGCAACAGCGUCAUGUAUGAGCCAUUAGACGCACCCAUCGACCUGAGCAUGCCCAGCAGAAGACGGAGCCCGGGGUGUGACUUUGAGAAGCCCCCCCACCUUCAACUCGGCUACCCCAGGGUCGUGUCCCCGCAGCGCGAGGGACGGGACAUGUGUGCGGACACGUGUAACAGCGUCUACCUGACCCAGGCCAGUCUGAGGUCACUUCCGGUUCUGGUGUGCCCGAGGACUGUCAGCCCCUACAUCGUGCACGCCGACACGGCCGACUGCCCCCAGCUGUACUCACUCAACCACCCCCACCCCCACGGGCACACCUCCCCACCACCGCAGCAUGAACAAAGAUCUGCUUCACCCUACCCCCACCCCACCUCGCCCUACCCCCACCCAGCCUCGCCCUACCCCCACUCCGCCUCGCCCUACCCCCACUCCGCCUCGCCCUACCCCCACCCCGCCUCGCCCUACCACCCCCAGCUCGCCCAGCCCCACCAGACUUUGGUCAGCCCCAGCAGGAAGCGGCUCAUGUCUGAGGACGACAGUCUGGACGUGCAGGACCUGUCCAGGAGCGCCCCUCCGCUCAAGUCCAUCGGCAACUCCAUCCCCACCCUCAGGACGCCCCACCCCAAGGAGGCCGCGGCUCUCGUGUCUAAGACAACUGGGGCGCCGGGCAAGAAGCAGCAGGCGUCAAGCAGCGGGCGGCGGCUGAAGGCUGUCCGCAAGCUGAACUUUGACAUCGACACCACGUCACCCGUGUCUGGCACCAUCAUCAAGGAGGCGGCGGACUUUCAUCCGGAGGAGGGUCGUGUGGUGUACGGAGACAUCGAGCCCAGCUACAACUUUGUGGAGGUGACGCCCGAGGCCCGGGCCGAGCUGGAGAAGAUCGAGAACAAGAUCGGGGACUACAUCUGCCAGCUGUGUAAGGAGUUGUACGAGGACGCCUUUCAGUUGGCCCAGCACAGGUGCUCGCGUAUCGUCCACGUGGAGUACCGCUGUCCUGAGUGCGAGAAGGUCUUCAACUGUCCGGCCAACCUAGCGAGCCACAGACGCUGGCACAAGCCGAGGGUCAGCAGCAAGGUCGCCCAGACCGGAAGUUCCAAGCUUGAGCCAGCCGGCUACAAGAUCGCCCCGAGGCCGGAGAUCAAGAACCUGUCCGGCACGCUGACCAGACCAGACUCAGUGGAACCACAGGACAGUCGUCUGCCUGCAGCAGGACAGGUGGGAGCAGGACAGGUGGGAGCAGGACAGGUGGGAGCAGGACAGGUGGGAGCAGGAAGCUUCAGGGAAGCUGGGUCAGCACUUCCUGUACAAAUACUCAAGGUGAAAGACCUUCAUCAGGGCAGGGUCAAGGGUGAACCACUGACGAUCACGCUCCUUAGUUCUGAGCAAAUUGCAGACAAAAGUCUGCCCGAGCCAACGACAGAUAAAAGUCUGCCCGAGUCUGAAGGUUUCAAAUCUGAGCCUGAAUCUGAGAGGGAUGUCACAGAACAGGAAGUGACGUCGUGUGUAUCACAAGCUACGUCACAUCCGCUGUACACCGUUAGAGUUAUAUCAAGGGGCAGCUCUGACGUCACCAGCACCUUAGACUGUGUGACCCCCGGCACAUUAGGCAGCAGUCUGACCCCCGCCACGUUAGGGAGCAGUCUGACCCCCGGCACAUUAGGGAGCAGUCAGACCCCCGGCACGUUAGGCACCAGUCUGACCCCCGGCACAUUAGGCAGCAGUCUGACCCCCGCCACGUUAGGGAGCAGUCUGACCCCCGAAGAACGUUCUCUGGUGCUACAAGUUUUGAACGCACACAGUCGCCAGCAACAGACCACGACCAUCACAGCGACCAGCACCAUAAUGACGCCGUCAGUGUCGGAGAGUCGUGGUGACUCUCAGAGACCCGAGCAGCGGAGUCACGAGUCGAGCAGCGUCAGGGCCGACAGCGACGCGAGGGCUGCAGCUGUUAGCAGCCCCGUUCAAGGUUUGACCGCUGGACGUCUGCACACAGACGUGGCCUUGACUCAACUUCCGGUCAGCCAACAACUUCCGGUUAGCCAACAACUUCCGGUCAGCCAACAACUUCCGGUCAGCCAACAACUUCCGGUCAGCCAACAACUUCCGGUCAGCCAACAACUUCCGGUCAGCCAACAACUUCCGGUCAGCCAACAACUUCCGGUCAGCCAACAACUUCCGGUCAGCCAACAACUUCCGGUCAGCCAACAACUUCCGGUCAGCCAGCAACUUCCGGUCAGCCAGCAACUUCCGGUCAGCCAGCAGGUUGAAUGCCCGGCAUGUGGAAAAAAGUUCCAGAGACAGGCGUAUCUCCGCAAGCACGUGCUGAGUCAGCAUGGCCAUCCGGCGCAAAACACACACGGCCAUCCUACAAAUGAUCAAACGGGCCAUCCUACAGAUAAUCAAACGGGCCAUCCUACAGAAAAUCAAACGGCCCAUCACAUAAAGACUGAAAACAGCCAGCUUAAAGAUAAUCAAAUCGACCAUUCUAUAGAAAAUCAUACUGGCCAUUUUAUAAAAAAUCAGACAUCUCAUCUUACAAAGACUAAAACUGGCCAUCCAACAGAGAAUCAAAGCGGCCAAGCUGACUUAGUGCCUGACACCAAGGCGGCCAUCUCGCGCCGAUCGGGCGUCACGUGCAGUAUCUGCUGCAAGACGUUCCCCAGCGACUCCUCUAGACUGAAGCACGAGGCGUCCUCCCACGGCCUUCACCUUCAGUUCUCCUGCAGCACGUGCGGCACCGCCUUCAGCAGCAAGGCGGCAGCAGACCGCCACAGCCGGAGCUCCCACUCGAGCGAGACCUUCUCCUGCAAGUACUGCACCAGCAUGUUCCACAGCUCGCCCGGACUCACGCGGCACAUCAACAAGUGCCACCCCACGGAGAACCGGCAGGUCAUCCUGCUGCAGCUGCCUACGUCAUCCAGGACCUGCUAGCUGACCAGCUGCCACGUCAUCAAGCUGACCAGCUGCCACGUCAUCAAGCUGACCAGCUCAACUGGGACACAUCUCGCUGUCUAGUGAUGCUAAAAAUAGCCAGCCAAUCAGCUGCCGUGCUACUGAUACCAAAACAAUUCAAAUAAUACUGGAAAUUGUAGUUUGGAUUAGUUGUGUCAGGGUGAAUAUAUGUUGAAUUUGAUGAGUGUUGAGAGCACAAGUGAUAUAAUGUUAUAUUUUUUUCUACGCUGUUGUUGGAAUGCCUGUUUAAAACACCAACAGAUCUUUCUCACAAUGAAGGUCAGGGUCAAAUGCUAUAGAUGUCAGGGUCAGAUUGUUGUGCGUGUUAACAAGCGUGUCAGCUGUAUGACGUAUAUGUGUUACAAGCGUGUCAGUUGUAUGACGUAUAUGUAUGCUGAAAUAAAGAAAGUUCGUAAAAUGUUACGCCCAAGUGCAAUGUUUGAGUAAGUGAAUAGAAUCUGUUGAGUUGGUCAACUUAUGGUCAACAUGUGGUCAACAUGUGGUCAACAUGUGGUCAACAUGUAGUCAACAUGCGGUCACCAUGUGGUCAACAUGUGGUCAACAUGUGGUCAACAUGUGGUCAACAUGUGGUCAACGUGUGGUCAACAUGUGGUCAACGUGUGGUCAACAUGUGGUCAGCCUGUGGUCAACAUGUGGUCAACAUGUGGUCAACGUGUGGUCAACAUGUGGUCCACAUGUGACACCAUCUCAGACAGAUUAAAUUUGAUAAAAUCCUGAAAGUUUUAAAUAAUCUAUAGAACUGUUAACUGUAUCAUUCUUUUUAUAAGCAAUAUUUUGGGCAACUACAUUGUUGUGCAAUAUUUUGGACCACUACAUUGUUGUGCAAUAUUUUGGACCACUACAUUGUUGUGCAAUAUUUUGGACCACUACAUUGUUGUGCAAUAUUUUGGGCCACUACAUUGUUGUGCAAUAUUUUGGACCACUACAUUGUUGUGCAAUAUUUUGGGCCACUACAUUGUUGUGCAAUAUUUUGGGCAACUACAUUGUUGUGCAAUAUUUUGGACCACUACAUUGUUGUGCAAUAUUUUGGACCACUACAUUGUUGUGCAAUAUUUUGGACCACUACAUUGUUGUGCAAUAUUUUGGACCACUACAUUGUUGUGCAAUAUUUUGGACCAAAACAUAUAUCGUGUAAACGUUGGACAAAUACUUAUAUUGUGCAAUAUUUUGACCAGUACGUAAAUUGUGCAAUAUUUUGACCAUACCGUAUAUUGUGUAAUAUUUUGACCAUACCGUACAUUGUUUAAUAUUUUGACCAUAACGUACAAUGUGCAAUAUUUUGACCAGUACGUACAAUGUGCAAUAUUUUGAACAAUACCUAAAGGCCCUAUUUUGCAAUAAUUUUUACCAAUAUAUAUUGUGUAAUAUUUUGGACUAAUACAUAUAUUGUUCAACAUUUUUUACCAUUACGUAUAUUGUGCAAUAUUUUGGCCCAAUACAUGUAUUAAACAAUAUUUAAAUGUGCACUAACAAUGACUUGCUUUGAUUUUAUUAGACCACCAAAGAGGUAAUACAAAAUAAAUAUUAUCCAAAAUUGAACUUUGAUGCAAUAUUUACAGCUAAUGUACUCGCCUGUUUACAAAUAUGCAUUCUUAUAUCUUGAUAAAGGACAUGAUAUAUUUUACAUUUAAUGAAUGGGCCAGCAUUGCAUGUAAUGUUGGGCCAACCUCUGGGCCAACCCGUGGGCCAACCUCUGGGCCAACCCGUGAGCCAACCAGCAGGUUUACCCAGCACAAUGUGCAAGUCUACAUGUCCAGAUUUUACAAAUGUUACCAGCCAGAUUUUGUACCAGCCUCUAAAACUUAUACUGGAAACA